AUGGAGUUCCUUUACCUACUAUUGUUAACUCUCUCUUCCCAUCUUAUGAUUGCUACUGCUAAUUCUUCACCAGUAGAAGCAAACACUGAAGCAGUGGAUAACAAUACUUGCUGGACAAAGAUACAAAUACCCUGUGAAAUUUUAUCAACGACACAAAAUGGAAGAGGUAUCAGCUCAGAGAAGUUUAUUGGCUCAAAGGUAAUCGAAGAUCAUGACAUGGAUUGUUAUCCUUGGAUGUUUCGUAAUCCCAUAAAUGGAAAAUGUGAAUGUAGUAACAUUCCACUUCACUCUGUACUAUGUGAUAUUGAAAUCAGCAGGACAUCCAUUCUUGACUGCUAUUGUAUGACUUACAAUAGUGAGAGCAAUGAAACUCAACUAGGAAGAUGUGUGUAUGGUUGCGGACAUAAAACAGACACUGUCUUUUAUACACUUCCAAAUAGCACAGACGAUCUUAAUUUAUACUCUUGUGGAAGACUGAACCGCGAUUCAACACUGUGUGGGAAGUGUCUACCAGGAUAUUCACCACUCUUGUACUCAUAUGAAAUGAAAUGCAUGAACUGCACGGGAGAGAACACAAGCUACAACUGGAUCAAGUACAUAGCAGUUGCUUAUAUUCCAUUAACAUUUUUCUUUUUCUUUGUCGUAAUCUUUAAAUUUAACGGAAAUUCUCCUUUGCUGAAGUUGUUCAUUAGUGUGUCCCAGGGAAUCUCUUCACCCAUAGUGGCAAGAGCUUUUCUUUCAGUUGUUUCAAGGAAAGCUUAUAUUGAGAAUUUCACUAGAGCUUUUGGUAGCUUCUAUGGUAUCUGGAAUUUGGAUUUCUUUCGUACUGUCAUUCCACCUAUUUGUGCGACGGACAUCAGUCAAAAUACAAGUGCUUGCUUUGGAUUAUGCUAUUGCCUUUUAUCCAUUGUUACUGGUUAUUCUGACUUACUUUCUCAUUAG